AUGGGCAGCCCAGUGCACCGAGUGUCGAUGGGGGAUACCUGGAGCAGGCAAGUGAACCCCGACAUAGACAGCGAGAGGUGCAAGCAGUCCUUCAACGCGGAACAGCUCACCCACAUCCUCAAUAGAGGUGCCCAGAACACAGCACUCCGGAGGAAAAUCGAAAGCAUCAUCCACAGCGAUCCAGAGUUCAGCCUUAAGGACAUUUUCAUGUCCCAGAAUGAGCAAUACGAGAACGCCAUCCGGAAGAAAGUCCACUUACUGAUGGUAGCACAGCACCUGGGCUGGUCGGAGGAAGGUCCUGAAUUAGCCUACGCUUUCAGAGCCCUUGGUGAAGACGUGGGCUUAAACCUACACAUCGUAUUCCUGAAAGCCCUCAGGAGUCUGGGCUCAGAGGAGCAGAUUGCCAAAUGGGGCAUGCUCUGCAAAAAGUACCGGAUCAUCACAACGUACACCCAGACAGAACUGGGACACGGGACAUAUCUUCAGGGCUUGGAGACUGAAGCCACCUAUGACGCAGCCACCCAGGAGUUUGUGAUGCACAGCCCCACGCUGACUGCCACCAAGUGGUGGCCUGGGGACCUGGGACUGUCAGCCAGCCACGCCCUGGUCCUGGCCCAGCUGAUCUGCUCAGGAGCCCGGCGGGGCAUGCACGCCUUCAUUGUGCCCAUCCGGAGCCUCCAGGACCACACCCCACUGCUAGGAGUCACCGUUGGAGACAUUAGGCCCAAGAUGGACUUUGAACAUGUAGACAAUGGCUUCUUGCGGCUGGACCACUUGCGGGUCCCCCGGGAGAACAUGCUGAGUCGUUUUGCACAGGUCUUGCCAGAUGGCACCGACGUCACGCUCGGAACCGCGCAGAGCAACUACGUUUCCAUGGUGGUGACACGGGUGGAAAUGCUGUUGAAUACGGUCUUACCCAAGCUGCAGAAGGCUUGUGUCAUUGCCAUGCGCUACUCGCUCAUACGCCGCCAGUCCCGGCUCCAGCCCAGUGACCCAGAGGCAAAAGUCCUGGACUACCAGACGCAGCAGCAGAAACUCUUCCCUCAGCUGGCCGUGGCCUACGCUUUCCAUUUCCAGGCUGUCAGCCUCUUGGAAUUGUUCCAGCGCUCCUACCGUGCCAUUCUGGGCAGAGACUUCAGCCUCCUGCCUGAGCUGGUCACCAGGGUGACGGCCUCCUGUACCUACGAGGGCGAGAAUACUGUGCUCUACCUUCAGAAGCCCCCAGGCUCCACAUCACAGAGGUCUCUGCCUCAGUCUGCCGCGUAGCUCGCUGCACCUGUCCUGGCCAGGUGCCCAGCCCAGAAGGCAGCCGACUUCCUCUGCCCUGAGGUCUACACCACAGCCUGGGCACACAUGGAAGCCAGGCUCAUAAGGGACUCGGUGCAUCAUUUACAGACCCUGACGCAAUCCGGGGCCAACCGGCACGAGGCGUGGAACCAGACCACUGUCCUACACGUCCAGGCUGCUAAGGCACACUGCUACUACAUCACUGUGAAGAGUUUUACACACGCUCUGGAGGAACUGGAAAACGAGCCGGCGAUCCAGCAGGCACUCACAUGGCUCUGUGACCUCUACGCCUUACACGGCAUCCUGACCAAUGCGGGCGACUUUCUCCACAACGGCUUCCUUCCUGGGGCCCAAGCAGACGUGGCGAGGACAGCCUACCUGGACCUCCUCCCCCUGAUCCGGAAGGACGCCAUCUUGUUAACUGAUGCUUUUGACUUCACUGAUCAGUGUUUAAACUCAGCACUUGGCUGUUAUGAUGGAAAUGUCUAUGAACGUCUGUUCGAGUGGGCUCAGAGGUCGCCACGCAAUACUCAGGGGAACCCUGCCUAUGAGAAAUACAUAAAACCACGGUUACAAAGUUGGAGAGCCAAGCUCUGA